AUGGAGGCCCUCCUCUCGCUCGCCUUCGACAACCUCUCCUCCUUUGACGGGCCCAAGGUCCGCAAGGGUCUGCGGCAGGUCGAAGGCCUCCUGGCCCAGAUCUGCCUCUCCGGCCAACCCCAGCAUGCCCGGUCGCGGAGCGGCAGCGGCAACGCUGUCGGCGACGAGGGAGCCGACUCGUCGCCGCGCAAGGACCUGGCGCGUCUCGCCGACGACCCGGCCUUUCGCGAGUUUUUCAAGCUGCAGGAGGGCUUCGAGUGGAACGUGGCCCUGCGACUCAUCGGCACGCUCGACCGGCUCAUGGCCAAGGGCAGCGACGGCCAGAAUGACCUGCUGAUCCUGAGCGCCCUCGACCUCAUGCACGGCGCGCUGCUGCUGCACCCGCCGAGCAAGGCCCUGUUUUCGCGCGAGCAAAACAUGAACGUAGGUCCCGUCUCAACUCUCGCCGUUGUCCCUCCCUUGCGCGACUUGCCUCGCGACGGCAUGAACCAUACGGACUCGUUCGCGCACGCUAACCCGUCGACCCUGCUGCAGCUCCUCCUCGACCUCCUCGAACCCUUCAACUGCCCCGCCAUCCAAUCGGCGACGCUCCUCACCCUCGUCGUCGCCCUCAUCGACACGCCAACCAACACGCGCACCUUUGAAGCCCUCGACGGCCUACUCACCGUCACCUCGCUCUUCAAGUCGCGCUCGACGUCGCGCGAGGUCAAGCUCAAGCUCGUCGAGUUCCUCUACUGCUACCUCAUGCCCGAGACGCCGUCGAUCCCCCGCGCCGGGCAGCGCGACUCCGUACCCGCCAUGCUGCAGCGCAGCCCGAGCAAACUCGCCGGCGCCUUUGCAGGCGGCCCGGCGGGCGGUACCGAGCGCAAGCGGCCCGGCGGCGGCCUGACGCGGACGACGGCCGAGAAGCAGCAGUUGUUGAGCCGCCAUCUGAGCAGCGUCGAGGAUCUGGUCAAGGACCUGCGGAACUGCGCGCCCUUUGGCGGCGUCGUGUGCUAG